AUGGUGUAUCUCCAUGAGUACGACUAUGUCUUCGCCAUCGGCACUAUGUUUGCCUUCCUUGAUGCCUACAACAACGGUGCCAACGAUGUGGCAAACUCCUGGGCGACCAGUGUUUCCUCUCGUUCCGUCUCCUAUAGACAAGCCAUGAUUCUUGGCACGAUCUUCGAGUUCCUGGGUGCAGUCACUGUCGGUUCUCGUACUGCUGAGACGAUCAAAAACGGUAUCAUUCCAAGCACCGCUUUCCAGGAUAAUGCCCCUGUUCAGAUGAUGGCCUUCACCAUUGCUCUCGUCGCCGCCUCGUCCUGGGUCAUGUGGUGCACCAAGCACUCCGCUCACGUUUCCUCGACCUACUCUCUCAUCUCGGCCGUUGCUGGUGUUGGUGUUGCUACUGUCGGUGCCUCGCAGGUUCAGUGGGGUUGGAACAAAGGAAAGGGUCUGGGUGCUAUCUUCGCCGGUCUGGGAAUGGCCCCCGUCAUCUCGGGUUGCUUUGGAGCCAUCAUCUUCACCCUCAUCAAGGUCAUCGUCCACAUGCGCAAGAACCCCGUUCCCUGGGCUGUCUACAGCUCUCCCUUCUGGUUCCUGGUCGCCGCCACUAUCUGUACUCUUUCCAUCGUCUACAAGGGUUCUCCCAACUUGGGCCUGGGCAAGAAGCCCAUUUGGUAUAUCGUCGCUGUGACUCUGGGUACCGGAUUUGGUGUCUGCCUUCUUUCCAUCAUCUUUUUCGUCCCCUUCCUCAAGGCCCGCAUCCUCAACAAGGAUCACUCCGUCAAGUGGUGGAUGUUUAUUCUGGGCCCCCUGCUGCUCAACCGCCCCGUCCCUACCACUGGCGAGGCUGCCAAGGUUCCCAACUAUGCCGUCGUCCAGGAUGAUGAGGACUACGAGACCUCCACCCACGCCGGCUCCAUUGAUGAGGACGACAAGAACCCCCGUACCAGCGACAAGGAGAAGCAACUCGUCAACUCCGAGACCGCCCAGCUGACCUACAAAGAGAUCGUGGCUCAGUCCGAGGAGCGCCACCCCGGUGAGAUCUACGAGGUCCGCAACAUGGUGACAUUCUUCAAGCGUCUUCCUCCCAUGAUCGUCUGCGGUCUUCUUUACGGUUUCCACUACGACAUCCACACUGCCCAGUCUGGUGUUGUCGGCACCCCUGAGGGUGAGCGUAUGAAGCGUGUCUAUGCCGCUGCCGAGAAGUACCCCAACGAGGUCGAGCACACCUACUCUUUCGUCCAGGUUCUCACUGCCUGCACUGCUUCCUUCGCCCACGGUGCCAACGAUAUCGGUAACUCGGUCGGCCCCUGGGCUGCUAUCUAUUCUGCCUGGUCGACUGGCAAGACUGCUGGUGCCAAGGCCCCUGUCCCGGUCUGGCAACUGGCUGUCCUUGCUCUCUGGAUUUCUCUCGGCCUCUGCACCUACGGUUACAACAUCAUGAAGGUCAUGGGUAACAAGAUCACCUAUCACUCCCCCAGCCGUGGUUCCUCCAUGGAGAUGGGUGCUGCCCUUACCGUCCUUAUAUUCUCUCAAUACUCCCUCCCUGUCUCUACCUCGAUGUGUAUCACCGGUGCCACCGUCGGUGUCGGUCUCUGCAACGGAACCUUCAAGGCUGUUAACUUCCAGCGUGUUGGUCUCUUGUUGCUUGCCUGGAUCAUGACUAUCCCUAUCGCCGGUACUCUCGGUGGAUGCUUGAUGGGUCUGUUCCUUAAUGCUCCUCACUUUAGCUCAUGA